AUGCCAGUACUGUUCACCUCUCUACGCGACGAGCGAUAUACUCUGCCUCAUCUCUUUGAGCGUAAUGCCCUUCUUAAGCCUGACGCUCCGUUUCUUCGCUAUCUAGAUGGGGACGAUGAGAAUGGGCCAAUUACCGAUAUUUCGGCUCGACAGAUCCUCCAGAUGGCCAGCGCAACCGCAGGUCAUCUCGGACAGCUGGGUUGUGCACCAAGACAGGCUGGGGAGCCCUUGAAAGUCGUGGCGCUCUAUGGAACCAGCGGAAUUUCCUAUUAUACUUACUUGGUUGCUUGUCUUUUGAUGAACUGGACCGUUCUCCUGGUUUCGACUAGAAACUCAGAUGCAGCAGUCGAGCAUCUACUUCGAAUUUCAGAGGCAACCCAUAUACUCAGCGACGGAAUAUGGUUCGAGAAAGCUCAAAAGUUGCAAAAUGUCACAGCUAUCAAGAUCGAGGAUGUACCGCCCAGUGACAAUGUUUGGUCAAGCGCUCAGCUUUCUCCAGAGCAAUUUUCCAAGGCAUUGACUGAGCCUGCACUUUAUCUACAUACAUCUGGAACUACUGGACAUCCAAAACUUAUCCCUUUUACGCAUGAGUUCGUUGUCUCUGGGAUUCAACGAGUGCACAAUGGAAACUAUACAGCUUUCAAAGGUGCCUCGAUGCUGACUCUUGUUCCCUUAUUCCACGCAAUCGGAUUUUGGAAUUUCACCAUGAUUCCUUUCGCGACAGGCGUAGUUCCCGUGAUCGUACACAGUAAACGUCCUAUGGAUGGCGGGCGUUUGCUCUCAAUUCUGAAACGAAUCAACUCUCCAUCAACUAUAGUCUUCAGCUCCCCCGCCACCCUCGAAGAAGUGGCCGGGAUCCCUGAUGGACCCAAAACGCUUGCCACCAUGUCUGGGCAUGCGUUUUGGGGCGGAGGGAGUGUCAAGCAAGAACUGGGAGACAGAUUGGCUCGUGCCGGCGUUAUACUCACCAGCGUUUACGGCGCGACCGAAUUUGGACCAGUAACGCCAUUUCGUUUGAGUUCUGAUAAUCCAGUCGAAGACUGGAAUUAUCUAUCGUUUCUACCCGAAAUCAAUGUUCUCCUGAAACCCGUAGAUGAUGGUUCAGGUCUGAGGGAGCUCCUCAUACUGCCAAGUGAGACAGCCACUACCGCUAUACAACAGUAUAACCACGAAAAUCCCAAGGCAUGGGCUACUAUGGAUCUUUGGUCGCCGCAUCCCACAAGGGAAGGACUUUGGAAACAUCAUGGUCGAAUGGACUCGAUUACCGUACUUUCGAAUGGAGAGAAGACCAAUAAUAGACAGAUCGAAACUCUGCUGCUACAAGAUCCGCUAAUUGCUCGUGUGGUGGUCUUUGGAAGCGGUCGAUUUUUGAAUGGAGUCCUCCUCAGUCCCUCUCCGAAUUUAUAUGACUCGUCGUCGGACCCAGAACGAUACCUAGACCAAAUCUGGAAUACUAUAGUCAACGCCAAUGAGGUUCUCCCCCAACACUCUGCCCUUGUAAGACAACUUGUUCUUGUCGAAAAAACCGAAAAGCCUUUCAUCAUGAGCGAUAAAGGCACUGUUCGAGCAGUCGAGACCUUGAGCCAAUACGAGGAAGAUAUCAAUGCCGCAUAUGGCCGUCUCGAAGAGGGCGAGGGAGCGCUUGAGGUCGAGCUACCUGACGAAGGAACCCCUGAUACAUUUAAGGCCUAUAUAAAGAAGCUUCUCGUGGCAAUUUCUAUCAGUGUUCCUUCCGAAGAUGCCGAUUUCUUUGAUUACGGAGUCGACUCAUUAAUUGCAAUCAAGAUUCGCUCUCAUGUUGUUUCUUUCCUCAAACACAAGACAGACUUUGGUGAUACAGAAAUAAUUGGAAACUUGAUAUAUACCUAUUCCUCCAUUGAUGCACUGACGCGUUUCGUCUUCAAUACUUCAAACGGCGUUCAGUCCACAGAACACAUCAUACAAGAGCUGAUACAGAAACACACAGAGGGCCUUCCUCAAACAACGGUCAUUACGAACGGAGUUGGACAGAUCACAGACUCAAAGGCGAACGUGCUUUUGACCGGAUGCACUGGCAGUCUUGGGUCCCACAUUCUGCUGCAAUUACUGAGUUUGAAGAAUGUGGAACGAGUGUAUUGUUUAGUUCGAAAUACUGAUACAGAGAAUAGCAUCCGUGAAAGGUUGAUGGUGCAAUUCGGAGUCUACGGACUACCGAAAGAGCUCCUUGCAGAAAAAGCUUCAUCUAUCGUGAUUCUUCCCGCCGACCUUAGUGAUCCUAACUUGGGCCUGAGUGCGUCAACUAAACAAGAGCUGGAAUCCAAAGUAACGCACAUCAUACAUGGCGCAUGGCGCUUGGAUUUCAACCUUCCCGUCGAAAGAUUCUCCAAAACUGAGAUUGCUGGUGUACGCCAUCUCAUAGAUCUCUCGCUAGCUCAGCCCUUGCUGCAUACUCGCUUCAUCUUCAUCUCCUCCAUCGGCUCAGUCCAAAAUCAUUCUUCAAUUAGCGCAGUCCCAGAGCAGUCCUUCUCCGUCCCUUCUAUCGCAGGUUUCGACGGAUAUAGUCAAUCUAAAUACACUGCGGAACGUAUCAUUGACGUAGCUGUCUCCAGAGCCGGAUUAGACGCGAUCAUUAUACGUGGUGGACAGCUUUCAGGAUCAUCGCAGAACGGUUACUGGAAUCCCAAAGAAUAUAUCCCGAGCCUAUUCAAAACCAGCGCCGCUAUACGGGCCUUUCCCGACCACUUCAUGGAAAUUCGCUGGCUUCCGGUAGAUAUUGCAGGCAAAAUCGUGGUUAAACUUUCAUUAAACGCGACUAGUCGGGGCUACUACCAUCUGGAAAAUCCGGUUUCGACGUCUUGGUCAUAUUUAGUCAAUCUUCUCUCAUCGCAUGCGCAAAAAACUGCUAAACCUACUCCCGUUGAGCCAGUGUCUAUGUCCGAGUGGCUUCGACUCAUCGUGCAAGCGUCUCAGGUGAAAAGCGUGGACGAGAUACCUGCGAUUAAAUUGAUGGACUUUUUCCGCGGUAUCGGUGAGAACACUAAUGGCGAAGGUGCAAAUGCAGUCGUUCUAGAUGUACAAAGGACGCGGGAGGUUGCUCCCGAAAUUGAUGUGGGCGUUCUAUCGGAUGCGGUAUUGCUUUCUUAUUGGGAUACCGCUUCAAGAUGA